UGACGUCACAAAAAAAAUUGUCAAAAUUUUUGUUGUUGAUAAUGUGCAAAAAAAUCAUUGUAAUUUUUAUGUUUCGGAGAAAUUUUAUCUAAGACUUAACAUGCAGAGUCAUGGAACCACGGCGGAAGAUUCAAGCAGGACCUAUGGCUCCAUCUAGCAUGAAGUCUGCAAGGAAAAGCUUUGCAGUUACCAAUACGUACAUAAAAAGUAAUGCUAGCGCGCCCCAAAAGGAAAUUAUAACCGUACAUACGAGCACUCCUCAUGUAGAGAAAAGAUCAUUUCACGCUGAACAAAAUCAAGUAUACCAGGGUGAUGUAAAUGUCCUUUCAAUUAUAGAUACCAACAAAGAUAUAAUGUGUUGUAAAUAUACGGAAGAUGUCAACGACAUUGCUGCUGGCUUCACAGACGGCACCAUCAGGCUUUUUGAUUGCAAUACCGGCAACUGCACACACACCCUGGUCGACGAUGAGUGUCGAGCGUACCCAGGCCCUGUUACCGCCAUCAAACAUCGCCCAGUGAGCAAAGCUCAUCCUAUAACAAAUAUGCUGUUGUCAUCGUAUGUAAAUGGAUGCAUAAAGUGCUGGAAAUAUAAAUAUGAUCAAUGCCUUUACACAAUACGAGAAAAGCGACAGACUUUGGGACUGUGUUACCACCCACAUUAUACGAAAUUUAUAACCUACGGAGACGAUGCCAAGCUAAAUAUGUACGACGAGGAAGCACAGACGCAAGAAAGAGCAUUUUAUUCAAGUCAAAGAAAGAACAUAGUAGACGGACACACAUCAAGAAUUUUUGCGUGUGCGUUCAAUCCUAAAUCUCAUCACGAGUUGAUAUCGGGCGGCUGGGACAACACUGUUAUGUGCUGGGAUGAUAGACAACCUUAUGCGACUAGGUAUUUUUUCGGUAUACAUAUGUGCGGGGAGGGACUGGAUUUUGAUAAGCCAGGAAAACAGAUAUUGACCUGCUCUUGGCAAGACAAAGAAAGUAUUCAACUUUGGGAUUAUGGGUCUUGUAAACUAAUCGAAACAAUAGUUCCUGACAAUUACCAGUCAAAGCUGUAUUGUGGCAAAUUUGUCCCGAGAACCAAUCUAAUUGUGUGUGGAGGGUCUGACUCGAAUAUGAUGAGAGUUGUAGAUAUUAAUCUGAAGAUAACAGAAUGUUCAAUUCGAAAUAAUCCUGGAGGGAUAUAUGCAUUCGACUACGGCACAAUUAGAAGGAAACCAAGAAAAGUGCCUGAAACAUACAAAAGGAUAAGCGAAAUUGAAAAUACUCCAAGAGUCGCCUUUGUUACUGGCAAAAGGCUGCAAACAGUUGAUUUCGGAUAA